UGAAGGCAGCCGCGGAGGAGGAAGGAACCCUGGCAACGCUGUCACAAAGCUAACGUUCUCCGCGCGCUGCUAAGCCCUCUCAAUGCAUCCGCUUUGUCAACAUGCACUUGAAUGUUUAUCAAGGCUCUCUACCAUUUGAUUUUAACUUCAUAGCUUCAUCUAAACCGUGUUAACAUAUUUACAAUGGAGUUUUUUAACGAGCCAAGCUAGCAGAACAUCUUCUUCGUCGUAGCUGCCACAAUCAGUUGCCCAGCUAACCAGAACGAGCUGCUGUUAGCUUACACUGGCUUGGUGAAUAUGGCGAUUGUGUCUGGUUCCUGUGCCAGGGUAAACGGCUCUAGAAAUGGACCGUCUGUAUCAGCUACACCCUCGGGAUCCGUUGGACAAUCUCAGCCCAUGAUAGCGGUGUGGGAAUGGCAGGAUGACCUGGGCUACUGGCGGCCUUACAGCGGCCAGGUGAGCGCCUACAUCGAGCGGUGUCUGUCACCGCGGGGCCAGCGAGGAGGAGCACCCGGCUCGACGAGCAUCUGCCUGGGACAAUCAGACCCCAGACUGUCGCCUUACCUCAUCGACAUACCAAGCUUGAAACAGUUUCGGCAGGACACAGGAAAGACCCGCUCAGUACGUCGGUCCCUGUUUGCCCAGUCCUCUGGCCUCGGCAGUGGUGUUUACUGGGAAUGGCCCAACGAUGAAGGAGGAUGGACUCCAUACGAGACUCGAACCUCUAUCCUUUUGGAGCACAGCUAUCAGGCCCGCCAAGGCACGGCAGACUUGGGCCCUCAUGGAUACAAUUACAUAGUGGAUCUCACAUCUCUGGCCCAAGUUAACAAAGCAACGGGCUUUAGACGGCAGGUCCGACGGCAGUGUAACCUCCCCUACCCACUGGCCUCCGCUGGCCCCCCAGCCAUCCCCUCCUCGGGCCCUGCUUGCUCCUGCCAGCAGUGUUUGAGCCACAGCAGCACAGGACCCAUGCCCAGCCGCUCACGACAUUCCUUUUCAUCAGGCAGUCUGAACCGGCCCAGUCUUCAGGCGACAGGGAGGGCUGUCGCCGCUCACCCCACUUCUGUGUACUCGCCGUACCCGAGGAGACCCCUCUCUGUGGGGGGAAUGUCCUGGGGGAGCCCCUGGCCUCCACCACCCUCUGGAAGUCAACUGUCGGCCCCGCUUCUGCCCAGCUCUGCCAGUGCCAACGGGUUAAGUGUCCCCUCCAUCUCUGUGCAGCUGAAUGGAUCCACCAGUGUAAGCUCUGCCCUGGCAGGCAUGGCCUCCAUUUUGAUGUCAGCAGUGGGACUCGGCGUGCACUUCACCAAUGCCCCCCUCCCUCAGCAGCAGCAGCAGCAGCAGCAGCAGCAGCAGCAGCAGCAGCAACAGCAGCAGCUACAGCAGCAGCCUGCUCCUUUCUCGCUUCCUCCUCCUCUCCUCCCCCCAGCCAACAGACCCAGCAAGCCCCACAGCAGCAGCAGCAGCAGCAGCAGCAGCAGUUCAGUUAGGAGAGCAAAGAGGCAGCACAGGAGAGCCUCAGCUCAGAGACCUGAGGAGGUGAUUCAGCGCUACAUGGAGGUAGUUGCCGGAGUACCAGAUGAGGACUGCAUUAUCUGCAUGGAUCAACUGUCCAAUGCAUCCGGCUACGAGACGCAGUCCACAGAGGAGGGGGGCCAGAGCAUCCUGCCGGACACUGUGGGGAAAUUCAUCAAAUGUGGACACACCCUGCACAUGCUCUGCAUGCUGGCCAUGUACAACAACGGAACAAAGGACGGCAGUCUGCAGUGCCCCUCGUGUAAGACAAUCUACGGAGAGAAGACCGGCACUCAGCCCAAAGGCAAGAUGGAGAUUUACAGCAUCGCCCAGUCGCUGCCAGGCCACCCAGACUGUGGCACCAUCCAGAUCAUCUACAGCAUCCCACCUGGCAUCCAGGGCCCGGAGCAUCCCAACCCAGGACAGCCGUACACCUGCAGAGGCUUCCCUCGCUUCUGCUUCCUACCAGACAACGACAAGGGCAGGAAGGUGCUGGAGCUGCUGAAGGUGGCGUGGAUGCGACGUCUCAUCUUCACCGUGGGAACGUCGAGCACCACCGGAGAGCCCGACACGGUGGUGUGGAACAACAUCCACCACAAAACCGAGAUGAUGUCCAACCUGUCGGGCCACGGCUACCCCGACCCCAACUAUCUGGACAACGUUCUGUCUGAGCUGGCCUCUCAGGGCGUGACGGAGGACUGCUUCAAACCUGGUGGCGGCGGCAGCAGCAGCAGCAGCUAGGCCUCACACUUCCACUCACCGCUGACAUGGAGUUAAAACCAACAUCUGCAACCUCCGUCUGUUAAGUUCAUCCAGCAUCUGCCCAAACCUCCUCGAGUGAGCACAGAGGGAGGUGUGAGGUGGAAAUGAAAAGGUGUUGAAGUUUCUCUGGAAGAAUGAAAAGUGGAGUUUUUACCAUUUACAUUCCUGCUCAUCACAUUUCCUGGAGGCUGAACUCAGAGACACGGAGCUCCUCGCCUCCUCGCCUCUUUUCUCAAACCUUCACAAACUGGAGAUUCUGCUUCGUUCGCUUGUCCCAUCAGGAGCUUCACCCGUACCCCCGUCCAGAGAGGCGGCGCACGCCGAGGACGACGGUCUCUCAUUAAGCACUUUAGUUCUGUGCGUUUAGCUCGUGUGUGAUUUCCCGGUAAAGGGCAGUAAACUUGUUUUCAAAUUGGGAAGUUAUGCAAUUAAAGUGUUUCUGCUGAAAAGCUUUGUGUUUAGCACAAAGACACGAACGUUCUGGAAGCAACGUGAGUUUAAUCGGCCGGAUGAGAAGAAUACUUGUGUAAAUACAACAUAUUGUAAAAGAAUCAAACACACAGGUCGUGUCCAGGAGAAUAGAGUUGUGUCUUUUCUAACAUCUGUUGUGAUUUAGUCCCUGAACUACUCGCAGGGUGAGUCCUCAUGUUUUGGAUUCGCAGUAAUGCCCGUGGCGUUCUGCAGGAAUUGUUUUUGUCACCUAGUAUGUUCUAGUUUGUGUGAAGGGACGAGGUUAUGUAGCUCGACGACCGCAAUCCUAUUGUCCAGACAGACGGGAAGGAACGAGAUAUAAAACGCUCCGUUGGGAAGAUUCUACAGUGUGACAAUCAAGGUCAUCCAACUCGUCUUGAUUAAACAAGACACGUGGAGCCGCGGCGAGCGAGUUGAUGUUCCCGCCGGCUGCACACUCACAUACUGCUCAGUCCUGCAGGCCUGAGCUCCGACAUGUAUACAAGCAAACCUGAAGAAAUAAGUCUGCAAUAAAGAAAUAAGUGAAAAUCAA